CUUGUCUCCCCCUCACAGGACUGGGUACAUGGAAUCCGUGUCAAUGGAGGAUGUCAGGGUCCCAGCGCUGGAACCAUUCUUGGUGGAGCAGGCACCACCUGUAAUCUACUACAUCCCUGACUUCAUCUCCAAGGAAGAGGAGGAGUAUUUGCUUCGCCAGGUCUUCAAUGCACCCAAGCCAAAGUGGACCCAGCUCUCCGGGAGGAAGUUACAGAAUUGGGGUGGACUCCCCCAUCCCCGGGGGAUGGUUCCUGAACGGCUGCCCAUGUGGCUCCAGCGAUAUGUGGACAAAGUGUCUGAUCUCAGCCUCUUUGGGGGUCUCCCAGCCAAUCACGUCUUGGUGAACCAGUAUUUGCCUGGAGAGGGCAUAAUGCCCCAUGAAGAUGGGCCACUUUACUAUCCAACUGUCAGCACCAUCAGCCUGGGCUCCCACACCCUGCUGGACUUCUAUCCACCCCGUCAGCCAAAGGAUGAUGAGCUCACAGAGCAGCCUUGCCCCCCACUCAGGCCCGCUACCUCACUGCUGUUGGAACCUCGAAGCCUUUUGGUGCUUCGAGGCCCUGCCUACACGAGCCUCCUCCAUGGCAUCGCGCCUGCCAGUGUAGAUGAACUGGACCCAACCUCCUUGCCACCCAACGCAGCCUCCUGUACCUUGGCACAGCCCGGAGCACGCCUGGUGCGAGGCACCCGCAUCUCGCUGACCAUCCGCCGAGUGCCCCGUGUGCUGCGCACUGGCCUUCUGCUCGGCAAGUGACUGCAUUCCCAGUCUCUGGGAUCCUCCUGCCCAAACACGGCCCAGAUUCCCGGCCUCUGGGACCCUGUGCUCUAUGCAGCCUGCAGCAGAGGUGCCUCCUCCGAAUUAUCUAAACUUCUAAUUACUGUGUGGAAAUGCCAAGAAGUCACACCAUGGGGCUGGAGUGACAGCACAGAGGUAGGGCAUUUGCCUUGCAAACAACUGAACCAGAACAGAUGGUGGUUCGAAUCCUGGCAUCCCAUUUGGUCCCCUUAGCCUGCCAGGGGCAAUUUCUGAGUGUAGAGCCAGGAGUAACCCCUGAGUGGUGCCAGGUGUGACAAAAAAAAAGAA